CGCAGGUUGAAGACCACUGAGAAGGGAUUGACAGGCGGAGAGUUCACUCAAUGUAAACCCUCCAGAUACUUUUCUCCACUUACCACAAGGUAAUGAACUCAUCAGGAUCCUUCCACAAUGGCUCUCAGGUCUCUGCUUACAAUGACAGGACUUUGGUCUACAUCACCAUGGCUUUCUACAUCUUGAAUUUGCUGUACUUCUGCUUUUUUCUUUACUUCAUCUCCAUAAUAUUGAUUGUCUACUUCACCACCCCUCAUGUCCGUGAGACCUCACGAUAUGUCCUCUUCGCCCACAUGCUGGUCACUGAUACAUUAUAUCUCUUCUUGGGUCUCUUUCUCGCCUUGGCUUAUCAAUUUCUUACCAUGCCAGCCCCCAUUUGCUACUUUGUUCUUGCUGUUACCACCGCCUCCUUUAGGGUCACACCAUACAACUUGGCAGCCAUGGCCCUUGAACGCUACGUAGCCAUUUGUUACCCACUGAGAUAUCUAAUGUUCUGUACAGUUAGAAGGUCUUAUUCUGUGAUCACGGCAAUGUGGGUCCUUGGGUUACUCCCUAAUGUAGCCGAUUUAGUUGUCCUCAGCUCCUCUGUAGACAAGAGCUUUUUCUCUCAGAAACUCUUCUGUAAACAGGAAGGGUUAAUAGUUCUGCCGGUGCAGGACACCAUAAGGUCCUUUACCUUCAUAGGUAGUUUAAUUUUGGUGGCUCUGGUCAUUCUUUUCACCUAUGUGAAGGUUAUGGUGAUCGCUCGGAAGAGUGGUUCUAGCUCAUCUUCAGCCUCCAAAGCUGGGAGAACGGUCAUGCUCCACGCGUUUCAGCUCCUCCUGAGCAUAGUGUCUUUAACCUCUACUACUACAGAGCCCUAUGGUGGCAAUUACGUCAUCAUGAUCAAUUUUCUGCUCUUUAUGUGUUUGCCGAGGUUUAUUAGUCCUCUUAUAUAUGGCAUCCGGGAUGAAGUGUUAAGUAACUGCAUUCGGAAAAUGUAUCCUGCAGUAUAUAAGGGCAAGACUGUACAAAAAUUCUGA